CUCAAUCUUUGUGUCUCUCUCCCUCUGACAGGUGAAGCCUCAGGCUACAUGUGUCUCAGGUGUGUUGUUACCUGCCCAGAUGUGCUCAUUUUUUUCAGCAUGGCAGCAGGAGCAGAAUAAAGUCCAGCAGAGUCCAGCAGAGUCUACCAGAAACCAUCAGAGUCCACGUUGUGUCCCUUUAUCUGCGAUCACACAAUGAUCCUCGUCAUCCUCAUGGCUUUUCUUCCAGCAGUGGAACUCCAGGACUCCCAGGCCCUCCAGAGAUUUCGGGAGCAGUGCCUUGGCAGUUCCUGUAACCCUCAGCUGGGUGAUCUGAUGGUGGGUCGAGCAGCACAGCUGUCAGCCUCGUCCACCUGCGGCCUGGACGGCCCUCAGCCCUACUGCAUCAUUGGAUACCUGGAGGGGGAGCAGAAAUGUUUCACAUGCGACUCUCAACUACCAUACAGUCGCUAUAGCAACCCAAAUAGCCACCGUAUUGAGAACGUUAUCAUGACCUUCGACCCUGAGAGCAAAAUGAAGUGGUGGCAGUCAGAGAACGGAGUUCAUCAGGUCAGCAUCCAGUUAAAUCUGGAGACGGUGUUCCAGUUCAGUCACCUCAUCCUCACCUUCAAGAGUUUUCGACCAGCAGCCAUGUUGGUGGAGCGAUCAAAGGAUUUUGGACGAAGCUGGAAGGUUUUGCGUUACUUUGCAGAAGACUGUGCUCUUCAUUUCCCUUCAGUUCCAACUGAGCCAGCCAACAGCAUUGAUGAUGUGAUCUGUGACAGCAGAUAUUCUGGAUCAGAACCGUCCACUGGUGGAGAGGUGGUCCUGAAGGCCCUGGAUCCCGUCUUUGAGAUAGAAAGCCCAUAUGAACCAAACAUUCAAGAUCUGAUCACUCUGACGAAUAUUCGGGUGAACUUCACUCAUCUCUUCACUCUCGGCGACACUCUGCUGGCUCGUAGACGCAGAAACCCUCAGAAUAAAUAUUACUACUCCGUUUACAACAUGGUGGUUCAAGGAAGCUGCUUUUGUAACGGACACGCCAGCCAGUGUGGACCUGUGGACGGAGGACGAGGAGACGUCUUCAACCAGCCUGGGAUGGUUCACGGUCGAUGCAUCUGUCAGCACAACACGGCUGGAGAAAACUGCCAGAGAUGUCAGGACUUCCAUCACGACUCCCCCUGGAGGCCUGGAGGAGAAAACGCAGCCAACAUCUGCAGGAGGUGCAACUGUCAUGGCUACUCGGACACCUGUCACUUUGAUGCAGCUCGUUUUGAAGCAACGGGUGGAGCGAGUGGUGGCGUGUGCGAUAAUUGCCUUCAUGACAGGACGGGGCCUCAGUGUGAACGCUGUGGGCCCUUCCUGUACCAGGACCCCCAGAGAACACGGGACGACCCCAAUGCCUGCAUACCGUGUGACUGCGACCCUGCUGGCUCUCAUGGCGGCGGUCUGUGUGAUGCUCUGAGCGGUCAGUGUCUGUGCAAAGACAACGUGGAGGGUCAACGCUGCGAUCGCUGCAAACAUGGCUUCUUCAGGCUGAGGCAGGACAACCCAGCUGGUUGCCAAGAGUGCCAGUGUCAUGGUUUGGGAAGUGUCGGGUCAUGUGAUCAACAGACAGGAAGUUGUGAAUGUCGGCCUUUUGCGAUGGGUCCACUGUGCGAUCAAUGUGUGGCAGGUUUCUGGGGUUUGGGAAGGUCCAUGAUGGGAUGUUCACCCUGUGACUGUGACAUUGGUGGAGCUCACAGCAACACGUGUUCUCCGGAGGAUGGACAGUGCCACUGCUUACCCAACAUGAUUGGUCGGCGCUGCUCUGAGCCCGUCCCUGGAUACUUCCUCCCAUCACUGAACUACUUCCUGUAUGAAGCUGAGCGUGCAACUCCGCUGUCAGGACGAAGCUCUCCUUCUCCUCCUUCCCUUCCUCCUCCUUCUCCCCCCUCCUCUCCUCUGCUGAAGCCAGGAGCUUUACCCCCAUGUGAGCAGUACUUCAGACAGCAAGGCUUCGACUUUAAGGUUUCCAAUGGACGAGUGGUUGUGGUUAGGAGAACUCGCAGACUUGCCCGCUGUAGGAGACAGGGACAGCUGCAGCAGAAUAUCAUUCCUUUGGAUCCGGCUCAUGCCCUCCAGAUAGUUCCCCAUCAGAGGACAACUGACCAGACACUGACCUCAACCGGCCUGGGAUUCAUCAGAGUGAUGGAGGGCGCGGGGCUUAGAUUCACUGUGGACAACCUCCCAUCAUCGAUGGAAUACCAGCUGGUGGUUCACUAUAAACUAGAGGCUCUUUCUGACUGGCUGGCUACAGUAAACAUCAUCAUGGUGUCAUCAGGGGAUGGAGGCUGCAGCAGCAGCCCAACAGGAAGUAAAACUCUGACUCUCCCAGGGAACACCAGAGCUGGCUUUCUCGAGUCUCGGCUGUGUCUGGAUGCAGGAGGACAAUAUUUUGUGGAGAUCAUCUUUCACAAACAGUCUGGAUCUGACAGCUCACACAUCCUGGUUGACUCGAUGGGGCUGGCCAGCAUUGAGUCGGUCCAAGACUUUUGCUCCCAGAGUGACCUUGACUCUUUCCACCAUUUUGACUGUGUUGGAUUGGCUGUUGAACCCGUAUCUCCGGAGCCAUUAUCAGAAAUCUGUGAACGUCUAAUCAAGAGUUUAUCUGCACGAAUCCACAAUGGAGCCAUUCCUUGCAGGUGUAACGUUGUUGGUUCUGUUGGAACAGUCUGCAGUAAGCUGGGUGGCUUCUGUGCAUGUAAACCUAAUGUGAUUGGACGUUGCUGUGAUAACUGUGCACCACUGACUUUUGGAUUCGGACCUGAAGGCUGUAAAUUGUGUGGGUGUGAUCCUCGAGGUUCCGUGUCUGACUUGUGCGAUCAGAUCCAAGGUCAGUGUGCAUGUCGCUCUGAGGUAACGGGCCAGCGCUGUGAUCACUGUCGGCCAGGGUACUGGGGAUUCCCAUUAUGUCAGCCAUGUGAAUGUAACAAUCUGUCAGAGACAUGCGAUGGAGAGACCGGAGAGUGUCUGAACUGCAGGGAACAUGCUGCCGGACCAAACUGUGACAGGUGUGUGGAGGGUUAUUAUGGUAACCCAGUCUCCAGACAACCCUGCCAGCCCUGCCUGUGUCCAGAUGUUCUGAGCAGUGGGCGAUUCUUUGCCACCUCCUGUCAACAGGAUCCACAAUCCCUCAGUCUGACCUGUAAUUGUCAGGUGGGGCACACAGGUGCACGCUGUGACAGGUGCAGCUCUGGAUUCUAUGGCAAUCUGACAUUACCAGGGGCUCGCUGUGAGGUAUGUCCCUGCAACGACAACAUUGACCCAAACGAUCGUGACGCCUGCAACAGUGUGACAGGAGAAUGUCUGCGCUGCCUUCACAACACUGGCGGACCACACUGCCAACACUGCAAACCCGGUUACUUUGGCAAUGCCCUGCAACAGGGCUGUAAAGAAUGUUCUUGUGACCGCCGGGGGACCCAGGUGACCCAGUGUCCUCUGGAGAGUCCCUGCUUCUGUGAUCAGAGGACGGGACAGUGUCCCUGCCGGAGAGGGGUGAUGGGAGAGCUGUGUGAUGAGUGUGAGGAUGGUUUCUGGAACUUGGACGGGACUUCAGGAUGUCAACCCUGCAGCUGUGAUCCACUCAACUCUGUCUUUAACAUCUGUGACAAGGUGUCAGGAGAGUGUCUAUGCCGUCCUGAGUUUGGAGGGAGACAGUGUGAUGAAUGUGGAGAAAAUCACUUCUGGAAUCCAGACCUGCAGUGUAUCCCUUGUGAAUGUAACCUGGAGGGAACCGAACGUCCAUCAUGUGACUCUGAAACUGGUGAGUGUAACUGCCGGGCUGGUAUAACUGGUAGCUUCUGCGAUGAGUGCGCCCCUGGCUUUGACUCAGCGUUCCCAGCCUGCGAGAAGUGCCACCCGUGCGCCACUUUGUGGACUGAAAAUGUCACUGAUGUGAAGCGAGCUACCCAGAGGAUGAGAACUCUCGUGCCUCGCCAUGGCAACCACCUGCAACCCACGGACAGUCAGCACCAGCAACAGAUACUGGAGAUGCACUCCAAGAUGGAAAACCUGGGAAACCUGAGGGGUGACUCCCCACCAAAGAUGGCGAAGGUGGAGAAGCUGUACAUGAAGAUGAGGAAGUUGAAAGAUGCCAUUGACACCAACAUGAUCUUAGUCAACCCAUCGCCACUCCUGAACACGGAAAUUGACAACAUAUAUAUGGAGUUUAAGAAGCUGCAGAACAGCCUGCAGGGGAAGCUCAUAAACAAACCAAACAACAAAGAAGAAGCUCCAGUGGAAGAGCUGUUGGAUCAUAUCCAGAAGCUUCAUAAAGACUUCAUGUCAGAUGAGAAGAGGGUGAGAAACUCCAGCAAAGACAUAGAAAAGUCAAUGGACACCAGACAGGAAGUGAAACACAAACUGAGCAUGUGCAGCAGCAGAACAGACCUGACACUGCUGGAGAAGAAGGUGAAAGAGCUCAGUGUGGUCCACCUCAACCAGAAGGUCUGUGGAGGAGAAGGUCUGGAGAACUGUUCUGAAUGUGAUGGAGCACCAUGUGAUGGAGUUCUUCCUGGCAGUCAAAAGGCUUCAGCCAUGGCGGGGGUAGUAAAGGACCAACUCACUGAUUACAGACUGGAGGAAACUAUAAACCAGAUCAAUGAUGCCAGACAGCUGGCUCAGGACACCAAAGAGCAGGCCAGAGACCUGCAGGACCGGAUCAGCAACAGCACUGAAUCCUUUGAGAGAGAGAAAAAUGAAACAAAAGAGCUCAUCAGGCGAGUCAAACAGUACCUGACAGAUGACAUGGCUCCUCCAGAACAUGUAGAGAACUUGGCUAAGGUUGUUUUGAGCAUCAAUCUACCACGGUCAGCUGAUGAGAUCCGAUCCAUGAUCAGAGACGUCACUAAUCUGCUGAGCAAUGCCACCAAAUUUCAGGAUAACCUAAAUAAGCUGGAGGAGAACACUGAGACAGCACAGAAGCUGCUGGAGAAAGCUCAGGAACUAAAGGAGAAGAAAAAAAGCAUUGAUGUAAAAGAGAUCCAAGCAGACAUUUCUGCAGCAGAUAAAGCUCAGAACAAGGCCAAUGAUGACUUGGAGGCAGCAGCUCAAGACACAAACGAGACCAAAAGAAAAAUCCAGGAUGUUGGAGAUAAGCUAGAUGGAAUUGAGGCAAAACUGAUGAAUCAGUCGGAUGAUCUGCUGUCAGAGAUUGAAGAUGUGAAGAAUAAAACUGAGCAGAACAGAGAGACACUUCAAGAGGCCAAAGAGGCUGCAGCAUCUGCUUUAGAAAAUGCUACGAACACAAUGACGGAGCUGGAUAACCUCAAUGACCUUUUAAUGAAGCUGAAUCUCAAAAUAAUGAAUCAGGAUGCUCAAGAUGAAGCUGCAGGUCGUCUGAAAAACAUCUUAACAGAGGCCGAAGACAUGAAGAGACUCAUGGAGGAAAACCUCAGACAAAUACAAGACUUGGAGCAGAAGAUCCAGCAGCUGCUUGAGAAGAAAGAAAAGAAGAUGGAGGAAGUACUGGAGCUGCUGCAGACGGUGGAUUUGCUCCGACAGGAAAUCGCCACUCGAGCUGAAGGAUACGCCGUCUGUACCUCCUAAAUAUUCUGCAGAGUUCUGCAAACUGAAAAGUUGUUGAUAUUUCUGACUUUAAACUCGUUAGAUCCUGAAAAUGUAUUUGUUUUCAACUAUUUUCUCAGGGUUUACCAACAGCUGAUGUCUUUACAGUUAAAUCUAGUUGCAUUACCACUAAGUGUGUACCAGGCUAUUGUAAAAAAAAAUGAAUUAUACAAAAUAAAAUAUAGAAUCUGCUGGUCAAAAUGUUUAUAAAUGAAAAUCUGAGUUAUAUAUGAUGAUUAAAUAUAUU